AUGACUUUCUCUUCUUCCACCAAGUCCACCCCUAUCCACAAUGUCUCUCGACUCCAACCGCCCGCCUCUCCACCCUCCAUUUUUCCCUCUGGUUGUCCACCACACGGACAGGUCCAAUCAGAAUUGUUGUCCACCACAAGGACAAGUCCACUCAGAGAUGUUGUCAACCACACGGACAGGUCCACUCAGAGAUGUUGUCCACCACACGGACAGGUCCACUCAGAAUUGUUGUCCACCACAAGGACAAGUCCACUCAGAGAUGUUGUCCACCACACGGACAGGUCCACUCAGAAUUGUUGUCCACCACAAGGACAAGUCCCCUCAGAGAUGUUGUCCACCACACGGACAGGCCCACUCAGAGAUGAUGUCCACCACACGGACAGGUCCUCUCAGAGAUGUUGUCCACCACACGGACAGGUCCUCUCAAAGAUGAUGUCCACCACACGGACAGCUCCACUCAGAGAUGUUGUCCAACACACGGACAGGUCCACUCAGAGAAGUUGUCCACCACACGGACAGGUCCACUCAGAAAUGUUGUCCACCACAAGGACAAGUCCACUCAGAGAUGUUGUCCCCCACACGGACAGGUCCACUCAGAAUUGUUGUCCACCACAAGGACAAGUCCACUCAGAGAUGAUGUCCACCACACGGACAGGUCCUCUCAGAGAUGAUGUCCACCACACGGACAGGUCCUCUCAGAGAUGUUGUCCACCACACGGACAGGUCAACUCAGAGAUGUUGUCCACCACACGCACAGGUCCCCUCAGAGAUGUUGUCCACCACACGGACAGGCCCACUCAGAGAUGA